AUAAUAGUCUAGAAGAAAAAGAAAAAUGAAAAUCCAUGACCAAAUAUUGUCAAACACACACUUGGCUAUAUUUGCCAGCCUUUUUAUAAACAUACUUCUCAAGUAUGGUCCCUCCUUUACCUUGUUUGGGAGCUGGGAUUUAUUUCUGGUGAAAAAGGGCAAGAACUAAUUAGGUAAAGAUCUAGGUAUAUAAAUAUAAUAAUAAUUAAAAGGAAAAAAUAUUGUAACCAAACAUGGGAAGGAGUAAGGUACAGCUAAAACGGAUCGAGAACAAGAUCAAUCGACAAGUAACUUUCUCAAAAAGGAGAACCGGUUUGCUCAAGAAAGCUAAUGAACUCUCUGUUCUUUGUGAUGCUGAAGUUGCUUUGAUUAUCUUCUCUCAUAAUGGAAAGCUCUUUGAGUAUUCAACUGAUUCAUGCAUGGAGCAGAUACUGGAACGCCAUGAAAGGUAUGGCUAUGCAGAGAAACAACUAGUAGGAAAUGAUACUCCUGACACACAGGAAAACUGGACAAUUGAAUACACUAGACUCAAAGCAAAGAUUGAUCUUUUGCAGCGAAACCACAGGCACUAUAUGGGAGAAGAUUUAGCUACAAUGAGCCUGAAAGAGCUUCAGUGUUUAGAGCAGCAGUUAGAUACUGGUCUCAAGAACAUCCGUUCCCGCAGAACUCAAGUGAUGUAUGAAGCCAUUUCUGAGCUUCAGAAAAAGGAGAAAGGAAUUCAAGAGCAGAAUAACAUGCUCUCAAAAGAGAUUAAGGAGAAGGAGAAGGCAGUUGCACAAGAGGCUGCUGCUCAAUGGGAGCAGCCAAACUAUAGGGUUAAUACUUCUUUCAUACUACAAGACCCUCUUCCCGGUUUGAACAUAGGUGGCAAUUACCGUGUGGGAGAACAAGAACAUGGGAGAAACGGGCUUGACCUGACCCUUGAACCACUAUAUUAUUGAUUCUUAAUUUCCAACCUUGGAUGUUCUUGAAAACGUUUUUAUAUUUUACAAUCAUAUAUAUCAUAUAGGAACGAGUAUAUGUCGUAAUAUAUGUCUAAAUGUUGGAAUGAAUACAUUAUAUAUGCUUGAGUCAAUGAUAUAUAUGGUUUUCAAUAAGUUGAAGACAUUAAUUUCAAGUGUUUUUUAUGUAAGAGGAUAUUAAAUUUGUAAUCAAAUUCUAAUAAUUUUAGUAUGGAGAACUUUUUCACUACGGUAGUGGAAUACCGUUUAA